AAGCAAAACUAGUCUGUCAUUUCACUGAUUAAAUUCUGGGUUUCAUGGCUGAGGAGAAGCAGACUGGGAGGAAUUAAGGAAGUAAGGGAGGCAGUUAUGAUGGAUCAGGACUUUGGCUCAGUUGGGAAUGGACAGAAAAGACAACCUAUCGAGAACCCAUGCCAUCAGACGAAGCCUUUGUUUCAGUUCUGGUUCCAGUUGCUGCUUCUACUUUGUGUUGUGGUCUUUGUCUUGUGUUACGCUCUGUCCAACAGCUCUGUGUCAUGGCAGACCCACUUUGCACUCCAAAAACACUACAAAUGGCCUUUCAAUGACAACAACAAAGUUUACAUUCCUUCUCAUCAGGUCCAUCCAAAGCACAGACACAUACUCAAUGAAAUCCAGACAACCACAGAGCCUUCUACUGUACAGCCUGUAAAGACUCAGUACCACCAAGCCUAUCCACGCAACUACAACUUUAUAAUGGAUAACAAGGAGGUUUGCAAACAGAACCCUUUCCUGGUCCUCAUGGUUCCAGUGGCACCAAAUAAUGUGGCAGCUCGGGAUGCAAUCCGGAAGACAUGGGGCAAGGAGAGCUUGGUCCAGGGUGAGGUGGUGAUCACUUUGUUCAUGUUGGGUCUCUCUGAAGGAGCUGAUGUUGACAAGCUACAGCAAGAGAAUGUGCAGUACCACGACCUGAUCCAGAGCGAUUUCAUGGACACUUACCUCAAUCUGACCAUCAAAACCAUGGUGAUCAUGGACUGGCUGGCCACACGUUGCCCCGCAGCAGCCUACGCCAUGAAGGUUGACUCCGACAUGUUCCUGAACAUCGACAAUCUGGUGAUCAUGCUACAGAAACCAAACAUCCCCAAAACAAACUACCUGACAGGGAUGGUGAUGACGAACAGGCCAGUCGUCCGAUCAAAGGACUCCAAGUGGUACGUCUCUGAGGAGCUGUAUCCAGAUCCUGAAUACCCGACCUACACUCUGGGCAUGGGAUACGUCUUUUCCAAUGAUCUCCCAGAGAAGUUUGUGGAGGUCUCGAAAUCAAUCAAGCCCUUUAACAUUGAGGAUGCUUAUAUUGGAAUGUGCAUGAAAAAGUUGGGAUUUACGCCCACGUCACCACCAGAUCCCUCUCAGUUCCAGGCCUAUAACAGCAAAUACAAUCGCUGUGAAUUCUCCAAAGUCAUCACCUUCAUUCUUGGUCCUCCACAAGAAUUGGUGGAUUACUGGACAGACUUAAAGAAGCCUGGACCUCCUUGUUAGGACAAUAAGAUGCACUUAGAAAUCACUCAAGUGGCAGGGCUUUUACUUGUUUGUGUAUUUCUACUGUACUGGAAAAACAAGUGCACUUUUUGACUUUGUGUAUUUCAAAGGGACUUCUGAAGGGAAAGUUCACUGGAAAAAAAUUACACGUAGAUAAUGCAGCCAGUUCAAUAUAAAAACUUUGCAACUGUUAUGAAGUAGGACAACAUUUCGGUAUGUCUGUGAUGUCUUAAGGGCGAGAAGGAAUGUUGUAUUUUUAGCUUACGAUGAACAAUCCUGAAGUUAAGCAACAAUGAAAGCAGGUCACUGUCUACUGGCAGAAAGGGCUAAAAAUGUAUUUGAUUUUUAUGUUUGUUUUUAAAAAAAAAAAUUUGGUAGAGCAGCGAAACUACUAAAUACACCUGAGACAUUUGUACAAAAUGUCACACAAAUCCUGCUGUUAAAUGAUGCAGUUUUUAUUUCAUUGCCCUUGAAUUUUAUAUUUUUAUGUACAUUUUUUUCCUCAAGAACCGUAUUUUUCAUAGCAGGAGGUAAGGGAACAACUGUAAUUUCCAGACUAUUGAGCGCACCUGAAUAUAAGCCGCACCCACUAAAUUUAAAAAGAAAAAAAAUGUACACAUAUAGGCCGCAUUUGUCUAUAAGCUGCAGGUGUCCACAUAACGUGAGAUAUUUACACAGAAAGAUUUUUUUAACUUUUAUUUAAAUAAACACCUUUUUCCGAACAGUGCCUGUAACACGGUAGUAACACGACAACAUUGAGACAGUUCAUGCUGCCGACUCCAACGUCUCACCAUGGAUUCAUUGAUGCCAAGCUUACAUGCAGCAGCUCUGUUUCCUUCUUCGACGGACAGAUCGCUUGCCUUUAACUUAAAAGCUGCAUCAUGUGCAUUUCUUCAUGUGUUUCCCAUGAUGAGGGUGUGCGCAUGAAGCACAAAAUACCUGAUCUGAAGAAUUUAGUGUGAGUGCGUUUGAUUUAAUGUUCGGUUUAAUGUUCAAUAAUUUUAUUGGUCUGAUGUGACGAGGCUAAACAUACUGAUGGCAUGAGGCUAGCCCGUAAAAAUCAAUAAAUUAGACGCAUCAUUGUAUAAGCCGGUUCAAAGCGUGUGAAAAAAGUAGCGGCUUAUUGUCUGGAAAGUACAGAAUUUAUCUCACCUUACUCACACCUCCAAUCCUGCUAAGAAGGGAUGUUUUCAUGGACUGUAUGGAGAGCAUACAUAUCUGUAUAUUGUUAGGAUACACUAGAGAAAUGUCAGAAGUCUUGUAGAUAGAUCUUUUAAUAUUUGAGUUGCUGGGCUGCUCCUCUUCUUCAGAUUCAUCUGGGACUCCCUCCAGGGCAUUGCCAAGGAUACUGUUCUCCAUGCUGGCAAUGAUGGAAACUUCUUUAUCAGGUUGCGUAUGCCACCCUAUUGAUACUGUAUGACUUUUUUAUGUAAUGUAUACAAAUUAUUCUUCACAACAGCAUUACUACAGCAUUUUGAAGGAGCAGGGAGUGCAGGGGCAGAGUCUGAGGAAGACGGUGAGGGAUAUGUCGGAUGAGGCUGCUAGAUCUAGUCAGUGGAGAUGGAUUAGGAGAAAUAAUAAUAGUUGGGGGGUGAAAUAGAGGCAGUGAGGGAGUCGGGGGAGGCAGAGGACAAGCCCUCUCCCUCACUCUUCUUUCCUCGCCUUCUUUUCCCUCUCCCAAUGGGCAGAGAUCCAGGAAGAGGAAGUGUAGACCAGGUGGGGGAGUGGCCUGUUAGAGUCUCUCUGGGACCAUGUGGCCAUCUCAGGUAAGUUUGUGUCGUAAGGUAGUGGCUGUUGCUUUGUUUUUUCCUUUUUAGAUAGCAUUAGCAAUUAGAAAUUAGUACUUGCAUCUUAGAUGACGUCUGCUUGUAUAGUCUCUGUUUGUGGUGAGCUUGGUGGAAGCAGUGAAGUAUUUUAGUAAUUAGCAUUAGCAUGUAGCACUAGCAGCUAGAUGUGCACUCAGUGAAGGACCCAGGAUCCCUGACCCAUCACUAUACAGACCAGUGAGCAGUGAUUCCUAACACAUCUCUGGGGGUCAUCAGGUGGAAACCUCCCUUCAUCUUCACCUAUUUGGUCCCACAACACCUCCAAGAGGCUAGGCGGUGAACUCUGGUGUCCCAGAUUCACUCCCCUAGUGAGAGCUCCUACACAAUCCAAACAGCACCGCUGUGUUCAACUGACCCAGGCCCUUUUAGGAGAUGCUCCAGGUAGUUGUCUGGAGCACAAGUGUCUUGUGUUUAAAUUAACAAGAUAGGAUUCCAUUAAAAUCAUGCUGGUUCUGAAACAUUUUGGAAAAGCUCUUCUGUUGCCUCCUUUUUAGUGGGGCAAGUCAGUUGAGAACAAAAUGACAUCAAAGGGAAACAUACCUUAGGCCUGUACUAUGAAGCAAGUUUAACAAUCUCAGGCUACGAUUUCAUUAUUUGGCUUCAUUAAGCCCAACAACCAAUCUGGCCAAUCAGUCUUACAAAGCUAGUCAUCAACUUGGUAAGUUAACCCGGGUUCCUGAAGUCGGUUAUGAGUGUGUUCAUAUGAGGGGAUGACCAAAUGCAAACCUAAUAUGACAAUUUUAAAAAUGUACUGCAGAAUAAAAGUACCAAAGCUGUUGCAACCAGGAAAGCUGAAAUAAAAAAUGCAGCCUGUGUGAAUGCUUCAUAAAUGAUCUCAUUAAUAUCAGUUCCCCUUUGUGUAUAAGUUGCUUAGAUGUAGGUUUUCUCGUCAACAUUCUAUUUGUCAUCUUGUAUCAGAAGAUUGAUUAAUGAAGUUACAGAUGGAGUCCCUUUAUGCAGUGCAAAAAAAUCCCAAAGAUGCAUUUUAUAAAGAAAAAAUAAUCGUGAUGAUAUAUUUUCAUAGCGAUGUGUAGGAUGAAUUCAGUAAUCUCAUAUUUCAUCUAGUUUUUAUGGCAUAAAUGGCAGUGUUUGCCUUUUUCUUUCAGCUGCAACCUGGUGGUGUUCAACAGUCAUGGCAGUCGGAAAGAACCAAUCUAAAAACAUCAUUGAAACUGAGAAGUAGACUUAAUGCCAAUUGGGUAAGUUCAACAGUCAGAAUAGAAUUGUAUCGCUCUACAAAGACAGAGAAAAGAAUGAAAUGGUUCUAAAAACUUCUCUCUUUCCCUCUCACUCUGAACACAGAGCUGUGUUGGACCUUUCAGGACUGGUGAUGAUAUUUUCAAAAAGACAGACUGGUUUGUAGGUCAUGUUUUAAUAUAUGUUGAUCUGUUAUCUGAGUUAUCUGGAACAUAACCUGCUCCAGAGUAGGUUUGUGGUUCAGGAUCCGUUGCCAUAGUGAUGAACCUGGUAAGAACUGAACCACUGUCUUAGUCCUGAAAACUAAGAGAUAAAACUGAAGUUACCUCAAUAAGUCCAAUUCCUGCUUCGUAAUGCAGAUCUCUAACCUUUGUAGAGACAGUAUUUCUUGUAGUCACUCACUCCUUUUUAGUUAUGUGAAGAAAGAUGUUAUUAAAAUAGGGAGCGUUGAAGCUGCAUCCUUUGCUGAGCUCCACCUAAUAUUGAUAAUUAUGCUUAUUGAUAAUUGGUGUUAUCAGUUAUCUCAAAGCAGUGCCACAGCUUGGCAGAGCCUCCAGUCUGGUGUUGGACUUAUAACUUACAUUCCAUUCAACUCCAGUGAGAUACAAAGCAACAUGUCUGAAUGAUUAGAUACUAUAGAGGAGAGGAAAUGUGUGAUUUGGUUGAACCGACUUUUUAACAUGCCUCAGCUCACCCAAUGAUUUUCUGUUCAUCUGAAUCUUGACUUUACAAACGGUUUUCAGCAGACAAUCACCUGUAUGAGAUUUACCAAACCAGGUCAGGUGUAGUUUUUACAAUGACACCAAUGUCCCAUAAAAUGAUGGCUGACAUUUAAAAAAAAAAAAAAAAAAAAAAAAAAAGAAUAAGCAAAAGCAUUUUAGGUUAUUUUAAGUCCACUGUUCAGAAAAAUAUCUAAGUGUUUUAAGCGAGAGUUUUGUGGUAUUGAAAAGAGAUUUUGUACAGAUGCCUGCUGACAGAAUGGACUUACAGCGAUUUGGAAUCACAUCUCUGACGUGUGACUCAGUCUCAUUGUUUAACCAUCGUGUUGUCUUGAAGUCAAAAAUGACCUGGCCACUAUGUUAAAUAGCAUAGAAACCCCUUGAAUUACCUUUUUUUUAACUUGAAGUUCAAUGACUUUUCCUAAAGUGACCUAAACAUUAGAAAAAGUGAAACAUUGUCUUUGUUUAUAUUUUCAUUAAAGCUGUACCUCAACAGUGCAAA